UGAGCACUCAAAACAGACCCGAAAAAUACAAGACACCACUGUCACAGCGACUGUCGGUGGAUUAUCUCCGAUUUAAACGCGACAUUAUGAUCAAUAAGAGGCCGAGGAGUAUUGGUUUGCGGACACAGGGUCCACAGUUCAGCUGGUAAUGUAUAUUUCACAGCAUAUGUUUGAUUUUCGACGUAAAAAAUAGCUCCCUGUGAAGUCGCAGGCAUGGCGACGGCGCUGAGCUGCUUCAGUGGUCCCGAGGUGCUCGAGGACGUGAACCACGCUCGAGGUUUAAUGAACGAGUUGAAGCUGCUGUACGACUGCCGGCUGCUCGGGGACGUCACUAUCGGAGUGGAGUGUGAGGAAGAAGAAGAGGAAGAGGAGGAGGAGACACUGGAGUCAGCCAGAGGUGACAUUGUCCAACUUUUCCUGUGCAGCCGCAACGUCCUCGCCGCCGCCAGCCCUUACUUCAAGAGCAUGUUCACCGGCGGGUUGAACGAGAGCAUGCAGGAGAGAGUGGUCAUCCGCGGGGUGGACUCUGAGUCCAUGUCCGUCAUCAUCGACUAUUGCUACACAGGCAGGGUGACCAUCACUGAGGCUAAUGUGCAGAGGCUGUACGCAGCUGCUAAUAUGCUGCAGCUGGAGUACAUCAGGAAGGCUUGCUCCAGCUUCAUGACCAGGAGGCUGGAUCUGUCCAACUGUGUGGGGAUACUGAAGUUUGCAGACACUUAUGACAACCCUGCAUUGAAGGAGAAUGCACAAGCAUUCAUAGCCAGGAACUUCAGCCAGGUGUGCAAUGGAGGGGAGCUGUGUGAGCUGGAUCUGAUGCAGCUGAGGGAGAUGCUGUCUCUGGACACUUUGGACGUGGACUGUGAGAGGAAGGUGUGCUCGGCUGCUUUGCAGUGGAUUGAGGCGAAUGCACCCCAGAAAAGGGAGGAUGCACUACAGGCACUGAAGUGUGUACGCUGGAAUUUGUUCACAGAGAAGGACAAGUGUUAUUUGGAGGGCCUCAUGGCCAGGCCUUUAAUUGAGAAAUACCUUGAGUCUUUCUUUAACACGUCUGCUGCAGAGGACAGCUGUGGGAUGUCUGCAUCUCUGGACGUACCGAAACACAGAAUAGGUGUGAGUGCGAAAGAGAUGAUCCUCUUCUUCGGCCUACCGAAUGACAACAUCAUGUGCUGCGACCCCUACUCGGAGGACCUGUAUUUCAUGGCUCCUCCUUUAGAGGACCUCAGCAGUCAGGAUUACAAACGUUCCACCAUGGAGUCCUUGAUCGCCUGUGCCACACCUGAAAACAACUUGUACCUGGCCUCCCACCUCUCCAAACACUUCUGGCUGUACAACCCUGUGCUCAACAGCUGGCAGGAGUUGGCGGAGAGGCCACUGGGGAGGAUACACUCUGGGAUGGGCUACCUCAACGGCUACGUGUACCUUCUGGGAGGAAGAAAUCCAGUGACGGAUGCAAGACUGAAGGAGGUGGAGUGUUACAGCGUCCAGAGGAACCAGUGGACGUUCGUGGCUCCUUUGCCUCACUCUUUAGGUAAAAUGCAGGUGGUGGCGCUGAACGACCACCUGUAUGUGGUGAACAAAAGGAGAAUGCUUUGCUACGAUCCCAAGAGGAACCGCUGGCGCCACUGUGGAUCGCUGAGAAGGGACAAGCUUCACAAGGCCUGCGUGUAUCAGGACCAGAUCAUCUGUGUGUGUGACAUCCCCGUGGUGAAAGCCUACAGCCCCACCAGAGGGGAAUGGAAGAGGCUUGGCGACAUUCCCAUCGACAGUCGCGCCCUGAACUACCAGGUGAUCCAGCACAACAACAAGCUGCUCCUCCUCACUCAGACUCUACUGCAGCACAACAAAAACAGGGUCCUCAUCCAUGAAUACGACCCAGCCAGGGACAUCUGGAAAAACAUAAUGGCAGUGUAUGUGUCCACCCUGGGGCCCGUGUGUGUUUCAACACGCGUGUACCCGGCAUGCCUGGGCUCUGCUCACAGCUUCUCAACAGAGGAGGACGACGACAGCGGCUCCAGCGCCGACUGGGACUUUGACGGGUUGACGGACGCAGACACUGACUCUGGCAGCUCUAGCUCUUUCUCCGAUGAGAACUGGUAGUGAAAUGUGUUACUGUGUCAAGGAAGAAGUUUAACUUAUUUAUAAUUGAAUGGAUUUUACAGGGUUCUGUCUGCCAGGAGAGUUCACAGAUCCAGAUUAAAUUUUUUUAUUAAAGCCAGCCAUUUACAGUAGAAGUCCAUCAAAAUCUUUUCUUCACAUGGACGUCUUUCUCUUCACCAGAAUGGCUUUUAAUGAAUAUUUACUGAAGGAGAGAAGAAACUAUAAGCAGAGUUGGUUUCAGAAAUGCCAAGAGACAAGGGCUUUGUUGUUCCAGUUGUAUCAUGUAUUGUCAGCAUGAGUCUUGUUUACACAAUAACUCAAGACAAAUAUAAGACAGAAACAUAACUGGGUCAUAAUUCAGCACAUGGAUAAGGGCAGCUGAGUUACUCCACAUAUGUAGAAUUACACUUCCAUAAAGUUGGGGGAACUGGCGAGAGGCAGAUUAACAAAGAUUGAUCAAAAGUCGAAGCAGCAGCUGUUGAUUAUAUCCUGACAUUUUGUCUUUAAGGUCAUCCUACACUUCCCAUAAUGAUAAAUGAUGCACAAGACCAGAGGGAAAUUUUGGAAUGAAACUAAAGUUGCCUUUUCACAGCAGAGACAUUUUAUCUUGUCAAACACGGGUGUUACUAAUAAGAUAAUGAAUUGCUGGCACAUCGUUAAUGUUAUUACUUCCAUCUGUGCUCUUCCUGCCAAAAUGUCUGCUGUGAACGAGGUCUGUGAAUCUAAUUCAAGAGUGCUCUGAUGGUGCCUUCAAAUGAAAAUCGUGAGCUCGUAUUUACAACAUGGGAAGUCGUGUUCACGAUAUGCUUGUCGUGAGAACACCGCUGCUAAGCAACGGCAAUAUUAACAGUACUGUCAGUGUCUAGAAGCUACAGAAGCUAACAAUUUAGCAAACUGGCAAGUGAGUAACAUAAUGCAGGAAAUGCAAAAGUGUAAUGACAGAGGAAAAAGAUGAGGCCGUUGGGAAUAUCAACAAAUUACAAAGACAAACAAUAUAAGACUGAAAUUUCAAUUUAUUAACUUAUUAUGUACCGAAAAAUGAACUUCCACGGCCUCCGCCAUUUCCGAUAACGUCAACAAACACGUCACAACUCGUGAACUCUGAGCUUUCAGAAAUGUUCCAUUUACAAGGUCCUGUCAAACACAAGAGGGGGACGUUCAUAUGGAGUCUUCUUGGAACACGGUAAAACACGACCCCAUUUGAAGGCAUCACUUUUCUCUGCAGAAACAUUUUAAAUUGUCAAACACAGGUGUUACUAAUAAGAUCAUGAAUUGCUGGCACAUCGUUAAUGUUAUUACUUCCACCUGUGCUCCUCCUGCCAAAAUGUCUGCUGUGAAUGAGGUGUGUGAAUCAAAAUCAAGAGUGCUCUGAUUAUGCCAAGGCUACCAAGAUUCAUGUAAGAAACAAAAUGACUGAUUUAGUAAAAGAUUAACAGACUUUUGACAGGGUGGGAAAGAAAAACUGGUGAUGCUCAUCAAGCAAACUCAUCAGUCAACUCCAAAAAAUACAAAGAACUCUAUCUUUGUCUUGAGUUUACUGUCAAUAUAGUAGCAGGGGAGUGUUGUGUCUUUUGUAUAUGGCACCUCUGCUACAUUUUUUUCAGUUUCUUAAGUGGGGGUAUAGCAAAGCUACGUUUGGGAACCACUGCCGUAAUGCAAAUUCCAAAUUUCUUUAUACUUGACAAUGCUCCUUCAAAA